CAAACGUUCGCAACGUCAGUACACUCGGAAUCGUCACUCCAGGUUGAACACACUUACAAGUUCUUAUUUACAGUUGGAGUAUAUUCACGGCAAUCACACAAUUUUAAAGAAAAAAAUAAAAUUUAAACCAAAAUUUGAUUGGCUUAAGCUAAUCCAUCGGCUACGUAAUUAAUAUGGACGGCGUAGAGCGCACACAGAAACAACGCGAAUCGGUAAAGUAAUAAAACAAAAAAAAAAGAAAACAUUGCAACCGGGCCAGGAAAAUCAAUUGAUUGCGAUGCUAGCCGGUGGCAGCGCAGAAAUAGGAGUUUGUAGAGCAACUACAACUACACCAGCGUUAAGGGGACAACAGCAGGCUGGAGCAACGCCCAAACAAAUGCGUAAAGGUAAAGCCAGCCAAAUGGCUAGUGGAAGUGGCGGCGCAUCCGCUAAGACGGCAACCAUAAUGAUGGCCAAGACCGGUGUUGACAGAGGAGGGAGUCGCAGUGUUAUGGCCGGCGGAAAAGGUUUAUCUGUCGGUGGCAACAAGCAAGAAAAUGUGGGUGGUUUUGUCGAUGGAAUCGAGACAUAUCUUGGCCUAAUCGGCUGGCGUAAAAAGUGCCUAUAUACAUUACUCCUACUGCUAAUGCUUCUUAUUAUAACAAACCUGGUACUGACCCUAUGGAUACUCAAGGUGAUGGAGUUUUCAACAGAUGGCAUGGGUCAACUUAAAAUUGUUCCCGGGGGCAUCCAGCUCACAGGCCAAGCGGUAAUUAUGGACAUGCUGCGGGCAUCCACUAUACGCUCUAGGCACGGACAGCCAAUAUCCAUUGAAUCCUCACGUAAUUUUUCAAUCAAUACACGUGACUCAAACGGUGUGCUCGAGAAUCAUUUAUUCUUAGGGCACGAUAAGUUUGAAUGUCUGUCAGCGGGAUUUCGCAUCAACGACACCACUGGACGAAAUUUAUUUUCCGUAAAUCGAAAUGAAGUCACAAUUGGGGCGCAUACGUUGCGCAUCGAGGGCGAGGGUGGCGCCAUCUUUCGGGAGUCCAUACAAACGCCGCACGUGCGUGCUGAGCCGGGCAGGGAGCUCAGACUAGAGUCGCCUACACGUCAAUUAGAGAUAACUGCCGCAAAAGAUAUUAAUUUACAAUCCCGAGCCGGUGGCAUUGAACUGUUAGCUUUGGAGGACGUCAAGUUGCGUGCACUCGAUGGUAGCGUACGGUUGGAGUCCUCGAAAAUAGUUAUGCCAAAUUUGCGCACUGCACAGCCACCCAUACUUGGCUCUGCCCAGAGUCGAGAUCACAUGCAUCGAGUCUUCCAGCUGUGUGCCUGCUUUAACGGGAAGCUGUUCCUGGCAGCGCCCCAUUCGAUAUGCGCCGGUGACGAUUCAACUGUCUGCAGAUGAUUAGUUUAGGUGGAAAUGCAUUCGUGAAAAAUGGGAAAAGUCAGUGGAUACAUAUUUUCUCCAAAAUUUAAGAAAAGUGUCAUAAAAUGAAAAACUUUCAAAAAUUCAUAACAUUUUGUUGUAUUAACAAAAUUGUAUUUUUACAGGGGAAAUAGCCCUUGGAUACACAUUUUUGCGCAAAUAUUUUUUUGAAACUAAGAAAAUUGUUCAUUUUAUGGCAAUUUUCCAAAGUGUAGCAAACAAUUUUUUUUUUGAGUGUACGUAUAUAAGGAAAAUGAAUUUAUAUAGCAAUGAGCAUAUAUAGAUUUGCAAACAUAAUUAUAGAAUAUAUAUAGAGCAUAGUGCAUCAUAUGUAAUUGGUAUUCACAUGAGUUGUAUAAUAUACAACAUAUACACACAUACUGGCAAACAUUGUACAUACAAAUAAGUUUUAAAUACAUAUGUAUCUAUAUAAAUGUACACAUAAUCACAUGCAUGCAUAAAGCAGAUGCCUAUUUGGCAAUCGUAUAAUAACUUCCAAGCUGGGCAGGCAAAUUACAAAUAUGCAAAUUAUUAUUGGCAGCAAAUAAUUUACUUAACAACGAGGAAAAACGCAGCAUUGGUUUGUAUGAAAUACUUACUGACAGGGGCCUAUAGUAAUUUUUUGAGUUAAGAUCAUACAAUACAAUAUAUAUUUAGAACAAUAUAUACAUAUACAAGUAUACUACAAAAACCAUACUUAACUUAUUACACAAAUAAUUAUAUGUGCAAACUGGAGUAGAGGCCGUUAAUUGCGAUCACAAUUACACUGAAGAAAAGUACGUACUUAUAACAAAAAUAAAGCCUAUGCAUUAUUGUUUCUGUUAAAAAUAUACAAAAUUAUCUGAAUUGUGCUAAUUGUAGUAUCUGUGUCUAUAAUUAAUUCAACUAAAACACUAAGAUUCCAAUUAUAGGGGUGAACCUAAUGAGACCCCCUCUACCACAUAUGAAUGCAUAUAUGAAUGGAUACUGAACACGAGAACAAAAUCGAGAGCUUCUUGCACUUGCACUUUGUGUACAUGCGUUAAAAAUAUAUCAGCAUACGAAGUCUACAAAUAAGUAAUACAUGUAAGAGUAAUCGUAAUUAACAAAUGUGAGGUUUAACUUAUAGGCACAUAAAACUAACCCAUCAUGAGCCCAAUAAUAACUAAAAUGGUGCCUCUUUUUUAACAAAAAGGACCAGAAUAAUAUUUCAUUUUCUGAAUAUCCCAUAUCCCAAACUUUGCAGCUUUACUCAGCUUAUUUCCAUCGCAUGAAAGUAACUUUCAAAACUAUCAUUUUCCUGAUAAUAAUUAAUUAAGCUUAAGUAAUCACAAGUAAUAUUCCAGAUAGCGGGGUCGUCCAUACGUUUGAACGAUAUAUUCAUAUGAAUGUACACGUGCAUAUGCCUCGUGCAGCGAUACUUAAUAUAUAAAAAGAACCAGAAUAAAAGCUUAUGUACAUAGAAAAUAACAGAAAGAUCGGAAAUCUGCAAAAACGAAUGUAGCAAUUGUUAUAUGCCAACAAUAAAUAUGAAAAAACGAAUAUUAAUCACAAUACGAAGACAAUGAAAUAUCAUCCAAUGAACUAUAAGAGCUAUUUAUGUAGAAAAAUGAAUAUGGAUAGGAUGUUGAAAUAUUGCCGUUAUUUAUAUGUAUGCAUAUGUAUGUAUGCCUAUUAGAGUACAUAAAACAUUUUAAACAAAAAUGCUUUUAAAUGGGAAUUAACGAGUAUAUUUGUAAUAUUCUUUGUUAGUAAAGUAGAUGUCU